ACAGGCAGACAACAUGGAACCGAACACGACGAUUCUUCGAGUAAAGCGAAAACGUGGAACCGACCCUGCCGAUUCUUUGCUUCUGGCUUGCAAACGCAUCCGACCAGAGACUUCCCAAAGCCCCGGAGAAACGGUACCGGAGCCAAAUGAAGGCGAGGUGGAAAACACCGUCUUCAAACUCGUGGCGACUGUAGCGACACAGGAUGCUCCGGUUCAGAUGCAGAUGCGUGAGGCUCUGGCUAGACCCCGUGUGGCUCACGCACUGCGCCCCUCUGCAUCCAGCUCGCAACGGAUUAUUGGAGACCUUCGGAGUGCAAAGUGGAGCACUCGGCGAGAGGAGCGUUACCGAAUUCUAUCCAGCCACCGUGCAGGGCUUUCGAGCCCGGCAGAGCAGCAUAACCCCCAAACAGAUGCUGCCGAUGGGGUCGAGGAAGUGGAGAAUGUUGAAAAAGAGCAGGACAAAUUUUUGGGCCUUGCAGAGGUGCAGGUGGUUGAUCUUGUACAUGAGGAUACAGGAGAUAAAGACAAAUCCUCAGGCAAGACGAUGUCCUCGGACCCAGAGGUUAUCCUGUGUAACAACAUGAAGAUGAUCCGGGAGCGUCUGAGUGUGUCUGCGGAAGGGCUGGGAGUAGAACACCGGGAGCAAGAAGAUGACUAUGUCUAUGACCUUUAUUACCAGGAAACAGUUACACCAGGCUGGAUUCAGGACAUCUUGUCUGUCAGGGCUUACGCAGACGAAGGAGAACUGGUGCCUGAUGUAGUGGUUCAUGAGGAAGAGGUGUAUGAAGAUGAAGAUGACGAAAAUGAAGAGAGAAACUGGAGGAAUGACUACCCUGAUGAGAGUGACGAGGAGAGUGACAGAGAGGAGCGCUAUGGUGGUUACUGGGAGGAAGAGCACUCUUACAGCAGGAGGAGCUGGGAGCACUAUCAGAGGGAGGUUUUGCAUGAGCUGGGUUGCCAUGGGGACAAAGAUGAAGAUGACGAUGAUGAUGGUGACCAAUACGACUCAGACUAAUUAAACCCACCCACCCCUUUCCAUUGCCUGAUUCCAUCAGUGGAUGUUCCUAAUUUCCUCCAGAAAUAGCACACUAGCAAUGUCCUGACUUCUCUGUACAUGAGAUCAUUAACUAGAACGACCGGGAUUUCACUCCUACCUAAAACGACCAUGGGCAGUCAAAAUGACUGCCGGUUUUUAAACUCGAUAUUCUCUCAAAAUAAAUACCCAAUUGAGAUAUUAAUGCAUUGCGUAUGUUAGUAUGUCUGUUAAGAAAUGACUGAAACCAAAAUUAACAUGUUAACAACUGUAAUACUAUUUUUCAAACAAUGUAAAAUCGCCGCUGUCCAACACCUGUAAAUACUGCAACACCUCGGUGGUAGUCAUGGUGCGUCUGAAACGCGGCUGUACCCAGACAUGUUAGAAAUAAUCAAAAAUCAAGUUUAGACUAUUUCUCUGCACUGGAGAAUGCUAGUGUGUUUCUUGGGCAGAGCAAUGAACAUCGUGAAGGAAAUUACGCGACCAACACACGUCAUAAAUAGUGACACUUGCAAAUUACACGCGGUCAUUUUGACCGGUCGUGGUCGUUUUAGGUAGAUCUUAUGGUAACUUUUUUUUUUGUGUGCAAUUGAUCUAAAAUUCAUCAUAAUGCAAAUAUAGACAAUUUUAGGAGCAUUCAGGGAGCGGCAGGUCUGUAUCUUUUUUUUUCCCACAAAGUUAUUCAACUUUGGAAAUCCAAAACUGUCAAAAUGGCCGCCUUGGUCGUUCUAGUGUUAAGAAAAACAACAUACUUCAUCUCAAAUCAGAUGGGUUUUUCUUGAGACUUACUUGUAUUUGGUUCAUCUUAGGAUGUCGUUUUGUUGUUGUUGAAAUAUUCAAGUUUAAUGGAAAGCAGUGAUGACAUAUCAUUAAAUUUAAACUUGUCUGAAUUCCAAAGCAGAUUAAGUCCUCUGUGUAAAAAGUAAUAAAAAAAAAAAACCUGAAACUUCCAAAUUAAAACUGAAAACAUGACUUGAUCUAUCACAGCACUACCUUUAUUUAGAAAUAGGCGCUCCAGUGUGUUUUAAAGUACCCAUGGAAUCACAAAACCUUUGGCUCACUAAAGUUAUUAAAGUUUUUGGACGUGCUCAACUAUUAGCUUGUGGUUAGACUGCCUGACAAUUGGAUGCACCCGUUUUUUGUUUUUUUAUAUAUAAGUGUGCAGGCUGUUUUCUACAUCAGUGUCUAAGGAGCUGGGGUGUUUUGGUUUUUUUUUUCUGAAGGAUCCAGAGUGUAUUUUCUAUUUUUCUUUUUUUUUUUUUUUAUUUCAUAUCUAUGGUGGAGUGAACUUUUUUGUGGGUGUUUGUUUCAAGUGGAAGUGUGUUAGAAAUAUUGCACAUUUGCGUGGUAUGCCUCGUACGCUUUGUGCAGUUAACACGUGUAUUGAGUUUGUGUGGUGUCUCUGGCUGCGUGUUUGCAAUUUAGGAUGUUUGCAUUUCAUGCAUGAUAGUGUGUGUUCAUGUGUAAGCGUGUGGUAGAUUGUGCAUUUAUGAAAGUAUGGUACUUAAUUUUUGUUGUGUGCGCGUGUUUGGCUUAACAUUCCCUUUCACAUUUUUGAUCAAUUGAAUGCUUGUCAAAUUAAGAACUUGUGUAAAUAUGUAGAUGUGUAUAAAAAAAAAGCUUUCAAAAUAAAUGUAAAACAUCACAAACUGUCACAAUCAAUGACUGGAAAACCAAAGCACACCUAGAUUUUUUUUUCUCGUUUUUUUAUUGUUAUACCAUAAAAUAAAGUCCCAUAUUGGGCCGCUUUAAUCCCAGAGGUACAAAAUACAUCAGAGAGGGAAAAAAAACAACUAUAUGCUGGUAGGGCAAGUACUCAACUGAUUUAGGUGUUAAAAAUUGUCUGAUUUAAUUUGUAAUUUAAUCUUUGAAUAUUCUUCAAUCUUAUCAUCUGUGGAGGAGAAUAGCUAUGAGUUAGACGGAUCAGUUUAGAGAGUAAAGGAUAUUAAAAACAAGAUGGAAAAAGACUUGCAUGUGGCUUUGCUCUUUGGAGGAAUACAGGCAUCUCUUGAUAUAGACAGUCACAGGAUUUGGUUGAUUGCACAGUUUCCUGAAGUAGUACAGAAUUCUAUGGGGUGUGUGUACCAAUGAAGUUGGGCAUUGCUGAGACUUGAGAUCUGAAAAUCCUGUCGCACAACACAUAGUAUAGAUAGUAAAGUAUAUAUCACUCAGACCCAGCACAAAUGUUAUUGGGGAAAAAAAACUUUGUUCAGGCUACUUGAAACAAACUUAAGUUGAAUGCGUGUGCCAGUAAGAAGAGUUGGUUUUGGGUGCAUGUGCAAAAAAAGAUGACAAAGCUGCACAGUAGGCUCAGGUGCGCCCUUUACAACAAGACAUGAUAUCAUAAAAUGAAUGUAAAAAGAACUCAGGUGAUAAAAACAUUUUAAACCAGAACAUUAAAAUUUCCUCAGUUGUCAUAGAAAAAAAGCGCAGUGUGCAGUUUCAUAUUUAUUUGAUGUUUGCUUGACUCGUAUCCCUCCUAUGCAUCUGC